CAGGUGGGCGCGAGGUUUGCGCUACAGUUUAUGUGCGUCUAUGUACAUAGUUGUGUGUUACUCACGUUAAGUCGCGUGCGUCUCCUCUGUGUCAUGUCUCCCCGAAUUGGGUACGCGAAUGCGCUCGGAUGGGUGAAAGGGGGACGGGAGGGUGGUGACUGAAGAGUGGGGGAGGCACUAGCGUUUCGUGCUCGCGUGUGUUUAUUUGUUUUGGGUAGCCGUAAUGGAAAUGAGCGUGCGUAACUCGCACUCUGACGGCAAAGUGGACGGGCUCGGAAGCCGCAACGGCGAUACGACUGACAUCACGGUGUCACUAUCGCACCCAGGCAAGCGGAUGAGCCCGAUCGAGGGAGGCAGUUUGUAUAGACUCAGAGACAGAAAGUUCCUUCUGGAGGACAAGCGGCGCCUUUGCGCAUGUGCGCUCGGAGCCGCUCUCCUCGGGAUCCUGCUCAUGAUCCUGCACGCCGAGCUCUGUCCAGCCGUUUACCUGCCGGGGUCCAUCUAUGCCCUCUGUAUAAACUGCCUCAUCAGCUUCUCCACUGGCUGUCUGCUAAUCCUUAUCAUCGCCUUCCAUUAUAAAGACGUCCGGCUCUUCAUCAUAGACCACAACCAAGUGGAUUGGCGUAUUGCCAUGACCACCAACCGUGUGCUCUGCAUUUCUCUGGAGUUAUUGGUCUGUUCCCUCCACCCAGUGGGCAUCUACUUGGGCCCCUUGACUUCAGCGACAAACUCUUCCUCCUCCACUCUCCCCCCAGUUACGACGCCACUGUGCCUCUGCAGCAGUCCCAUGGAGGCAUGGCUGGAGUUGGAGCUAGUGCUAUCAGCACUGAUGUUCUUGCGCCUGUACCUGGUGCACCGGGCCAUUCUGCUUCACAGCAAGGUGCUGCUGAGUGCCUCAUAUAGGAGCAUUGGCUCACUUAACAACAUCAACUUCACUUUCCGCUUCGUUCUCAAGGUACUCAUGAACAAGUAUCCGGCACGCACACUCCUGGUUUUUAUCAUGCUCUUCUGGUUUACCUCUGCCUGGAUGCUACGGCUGUGUGAAAGGCAGGCCCAGGUGGAGACAGGUGGUAUGGGUACAGCUCUCUGGCUCAUCGCUAUCACCUUCCUAACAGUAGGUUAUGGAGACGUGUCUCCCACAACUACCUGUGGCAAAGUGGUCUGCCUCUUCGCAGGCGUCAUGGGCGUAGCGUGCACUGCCAUGUUAGUUGCAGUAGUUACGAAGAAGCUGGCACUGAACAAAGGAGAGAAACAUGUUCACUUCUUCAUGAUGGAUAUCCAGAUCUCUAAAGAGAUUCGCAAUGCUGCUGCUAACGUGCUGAGGGAAUGCUGGCUUCUCCAUCGCACCAUACAGGCCAGGGACAAGCACAGCGAGCACCGACGACACCAGAGAUGUCUGCUGGAGGCCAUUCGUAUAUUUCGUCACCUACGGCUGAAGCAGAGAAAGCUGAGGGACUACACAAGUGAGAUGGUGGACCUCUCCAAGAUGCAGAUGAUAAUGUGUGACCUGAGUGCCAACUGGAACAACUCAUACCGAGAGCUUGAGCAGCGUAUCAUCUCUAUGGAGCAGAAGCUAGAUGAGUUGGGCCAGUCAUUCCAGUGCACAUCCGAGCUCCUGAGCAAAGCACUGCAGCACCGACACCUUGUCCACAGGUGACGUGUGGCAUAUUGUUCCUCCGAAACAAUACAGCGGAGGCUCAGAUCAAAACUGCACAAAACUACUUGGAUCAGCAUAAAUGGAGAACAUGUGAUUUCUUUUUCAACAGACCUCCAGGGAGCAGUUGCUGCACGGACUUCUUUUUUGCAAAUGGGAAGAUUACCGCUCUUGGAUAUGGAAUUAGGACAAAAAUCAAAUGUAUUUAUGACAAUAUUUAUGUGUAUCUAUAUCUGCAGCACUGUGGUUCAGUGUUUGAUGCUUUUCAGGUUUAGUGAAAAUGUUUUCCUUUUUAAAUUCCAUAGUGCUUUAAAAGACAAAGUGAUCUCAAAGCUUUUUGAGCCCAUUUGAGUCCAUUUAAGACCAAGAACUUUUUUUUUAUCAUCAAUUAUCAUUAAUAGAUUUUUGCUGUGUUUAUUCUUCAGGAUGUAGUAUUAUUAAUACUGAGCAGAACUCAACAUUUGGCAUAAAACCAAAUUUAAAAAAUGAUCAGCUUCCAAUAUUCUCUUUUUAAAUUCUACGGGGGAUUUGUGCUCAUUCAGCUUGAUUUAGGAUGCAGUCUGUAUUUCCGUUGUUAAGGAUAUCUAGUGGCUCCUUCCAAGACCAUCCCAAAUGGGGGGGGGGGGGGGGGGGUUAUUUUAGCUAACAGUCUAAACUACACAUUUGGUGUUUUAUAAUAUUGGCAUGUUUACCGAAUCUUAGGUCUAUUUUUGACAGUUCUACGUAGCAUCUUCUAGAAAUUCAGCAUGCCAGAUUCAAAUUGUUGAUGCCACCAUAUCAAUGAUUUAAUAAAUUAUGCAGCGGUCAAAUCGUAAGGAAAAAAACAGUGCCAAACAUAGCUAGGGUACUUUUGUUACCUUGUCUAAAAUGUACCUUUAGUUAAAUAUCUCAUUGUAAUUGAAAUACUCGGAUUUUGUGUCACGGUUACAGGUUUGGAGUUUAAUUAUGUGGCCUCUUGUGGGUGUUUGUUUCUGCAGAGCAGCCGAAAGCCAAUAAAGAAGAUCCGACAGCAUCAGAGGAAAUAGUCUGUUUAAUUUGUCAUGAAUUAGUUGUAAUUAGACAUGUAAUGAAGGAAUGUAAAUCUGUUCAAUCUUUUACACUGCACUAGUCAAACAAAGUGCUUCGAAACAAACAUAUCAAACCAAUCGGAUGAAUUAAAAGCCAAUGUAAUGCUUAAGCAAUUAAGCAUGACAAUUUUUUGGCUCCCAAGAUAAAAAUAAUAAAGAGACAAUGUUGUAUCUGCAGUACGACUUUCAAUAAAUAGAUGUCUUAAUUCAA